AUGACAAUUGAGCAGGUGAAGGUUGAAAAUGGGCCUGAGGAUGAAAUUUACAGACUAAUGGGGGCCGCUCAGAGGUCAUCCAUGAAAUCUUCCUCUUGCUCUUGUCGUUACUUCCUGGGUGCUCUGUGUCUUCUACUGACCAUGAUCACCAUUGCACAUGCAUGCCCAACUAGAUGCCAUUGCACUGAAAGGAAUGGCGCUGUUGUGCAGUGUACAUCACGUAACUUGGAGAACAUCCCCUCAAAUCUGCCCAAGGACACUGUGGUUCUCUUGCUCUCAUCCAACCAGAUCACACACGUCCCCAAGGAGGCCUUCACGGACCUCUACCGAAUCAGGGAGCUCGACCUUUCCCACAACCUCAUUGAAAGCUUGGAGGUCGGCGCCUUUCAAGGAAUUUCCGAGGGCUUGAGGACCUUGGACCUUUCUAACAACCACCUCAGCAGCCUGCCCAAGGAAACCUUCACUAAACUACAAGCUCGUGUUCGCCUGUCUAACAAUCCCUGGAACUGUGAGUGCUCUUUGCAGGAAGUGCUGAGGGAGCUGAGACUCGACCCUGAGACCAUCAAUGAGGUGAGCUGCUAUACGUCUGUGCAGGAUGAAUACGUAGGGCAACCGGUCAUCCAAGUCCUGGACUCGGGAAUCAACUUUUGCAACUUCCAUCAGAAGACGACGGAUGUGGCCAUGUUUGUGGCCAUGUUCUGCUGGUUCUCCAUGGUGACCGCUUACAUCAUCUACUACAUACGGCACAACCAGGAGGAGGCUAGGAGGCACAUAGAGUACCUCAAGUCCCUGCCAAGCAGCUCCCAUAUCAGCAAGGACUACGAUACAGCCAGCAGUGUCUUUUAG